GCGGUGACAGCCCUUGCUUUUUAGCUGCGGGAAGACCUUGUGUGUCUGUGUAAUAAAGAAUCCUCCAGGCCGGCAAAAGCGAAGACAAGCGGCAUCGAUCUUUCGCGCGCGCCUCUUCUCUUUUCCUUUAAUCUUUCUCUCUAAAACCUACUGGCGCGUCUCCUCUUUCUAACUAUGAAAGCCAUCAGCCCAGUGCGAUCCGUCAGGAGCUGCUACGAAGCCGUGUGUUGCCUGUCGGAUCAGAGCCUUGCCAUUGCCCGGGGAACCAACAACAAGAGCCCGGCGCUGGAGGAGCCCAUGAAUCUCCUUUACGACAUGAACGACUGCUAUUCCAAACUGCGCGAACUGGUGCCGGGGAUUCCUCAAGGCACCAAAGUCAGCCAAGUGGAAAUCUUACAGCACGUCAUAGACUACAUAUUCGACCUCCAGAUCGUGCUGGAGGAACAGGCGAAGGGGCAAGAUCCAUCGGCGGAGACUUCCCUACUCACUUUAACAGCUGCAGACCUGGCAUCAGAACUUUGCUCAAAAAGCGAGAGAAAUCUCUGCCACUAACGUCUUUAACAGGCUGCAGGUGUGGGAUCCUGUCACUUGGUAGAAAGAAAAAAAGAGACCUUGACUGGAGGAAAGAUCAGAAGUUUAACCCAAAGCAUCUAGUAAUGGAGAGACCUCUGUCUUUAUCGUCCAGAUAAACUGUGGAACAUGGUCACCCGAGGCAAUUUCGGAUGCCUUGACUGGUCUUCCAGUAACAACUCCCCCCCCCCAAUGUGGCUGAAAACAAAAACUGUCCUGGCUGAGGAGGGGGGAAGCAAAACCACAUUUUUUUAAUCCACUCUCGCAUGUUUCACCAUCGGAUUGCUGUAUUGCACAAGAAGAGACUUUGAGGGGGGGUUGUGUGUAUGGAGGGGUGGAUUUAAAAAAAAGCUCUGAGCCAUCAGAUUCUUACUGCACAUCGGUCCUGUCAGGAGAUUUCUUAGCAAAUUGCAACAGUAUGACAAAUGUGGACAGAUAAACGUAUUUUGUUCAGAAAGGGCAAUGAGGCCAACAAAAGACUCUUGCAGAUAUGCCGCUUGUGUGUAUAUUUUGGAUUAUAGUUUUUUAACAUCGAUUUUGGGCGGGGGUGGAAGGGACUUUUAAGAACAUGAAAAGUGAAUUGUCUUGGGGCUGUUUCACCUCAUGAUUUUAUUGCUGAACUCUAUAAUAGAGAUAAAAUAUGUACCUUUUUUGCAGGAAGGUUAAUUUCUGCAACCAUGAAUUGUACUUGCUUUGUAAAAAAAAACUUUUUAUAAAAGUUUCUUACAUAAUAAAUUUUAAGCUUUUUUAAA